AGGUGCGAGACUCUCUCAGCGCCGUGGCUGCGCAGAUGAACUGAACUUUUUUUUUUUUUGAGGAGGGGGGUGUUUUUUUUAAGCGAAUUUAGCGCAACAACUCGUAGAACACAUGUAGACGAGUAGCGAGAUGUUGUAAGCGGGCACCAAAGCUGGGUUUGAACCUUUUUAACUUCGCGUUAACCCUCCGGUGAGACGUUUUUUUCCUCCGUCCUACUUUUGAGAAGUAACCGUUGACGGGAGACAGCUCAACUUUUUUUGGGCUGGCUGCCCUAUGUGGAUUUUACAGAAAAUAUGGAACACCUACCCGGUUUCUUCCUGGGCACGGCUCUCCUGUUCUUCUGCCUCACUCGGCUAACGCUCGCUCUGCAGUGUGUGGAUGAGAGGGCGCCUUGUGUUAACAACGCGACGUGUCUGACCUUAAACGAUGGCACCGAAUACUGCAGGUGUGCUCCGGGCUUUCUGGGCGAGUACUGUCAGUACAAGGACCCUUGUCAACCAGGGUACUGCCUGAAUGGGGGCAACUGUUCAGUGUCCAUGUCAGCUGGCGUACCUGUUCCCGGUAGCGCCUCCUGCACCUGCCCUCUGGGCUUCACCGGACAGCACUGCCAAACUCCCCAGAACUCCACGUGUUAUCCAAACAACCCAUGUGCCAACAAGGGGGUCUGCACGCUGCUGUCCCUCGUCAAGUACAAGUGUGAGUGCACCAGAGGGUGGACAGGUCCACGCUGUGAGCAUGAGGACAGCUGUCUCUCCAGCCCCUGUGCCAACGGAGGACGGUGCAACUCUUCGCCUGGUGGCAGCUACACCUGUUCCUGCCCUCCCGGCUACAAAGGUCCCCGCUGCCUUAAUGACACAAACGAAUGCGCCGACACACCCUCUCCCUGCCAGAAUGAAGGCGAGUGUGUCAACACCCCUGGCUCUUACAAGUGCAUCUGUAAACCAGGGUUCACAGGCCUCCACUGUGAGAGUUCAUACAUCCCCUGCUCACCUUCACCAUGUCUAAACGGAGGAACCUGCCAGCAGAGCAGCGAAACAACCUACUCCUGCCACUGCCUUCCAGGUUUUAAUGGAACCAACUGUGAGAACAACAUUGAUGACUGUCCCGGGCAUCAGUGUGCCAACGGAGGGACGUGUAUAGACGGAGUCAAUACCUAUAACUGCCAGUGUCCUCCGGAGUGGACCGGUCAGCACUGCACAGAAGACGUGGACGAGUGUCGGCUGCAGCCAAACACUUGCCAGAACGGCGGCACGUGCAGCAACCUGAUCGGCACAUACGUGUGCGUGUGCGUCAACGGCUGGAGCGGUCCCGACUGCUCUGAGAACAUCGAUGACUGCGAGACGGCCUCAUGCAGCGCGGGCUCCACUUGCAUCGACCGCGUUGCAUCUUUUAUCUGUAUCUGUCCCUACGGAAAGACAGGGUUGCUCUGCCACAGAGACGACGCCUGCAUCAGUAACCCCUGCAGAGAGGGUUCACAUUGUGACACCAACCCCAUCACUGGCAUGUUUAAUUGCAACUGUCCACCGGGAUAUAUAGGCCCCACCUGCAACACCGACAGAGACGAAUGCAGCAUCGGUCCCAACCCAUGCGAGCAUGGCGGCCAGUGUGUGAACACGGACGGCUCCUUCACCUGCAACUGCGUCAGAGGUUACUCUGGGCCUCGGUGUGAGCAAGAUGUCAACGAAUGCGCAUCCAACCCCUGCCUGAAUGAUGGCACAUGUCUGGAUCGCAUCGGGGAAUACAGCUGUAUUUGCAUGCCCGGAUUCGAGGGGAUUCACUGUGAGAUUGACGUGAAUGAGUGUAUGAGCUCGCCCUGUCUGAACCAGGGUAAAUGUGUGGACCAGGUCAGCCGCUUCGUUUGCCAGUGCCCAGCAGGUUUCAGUGGAGAAAUGUGCCAAAUAGACAUCGAUGAAUGCUCCAGUACGCCCUGUUUAAACGGAGCCAAGUGUAUCGACCGACCCAAUGGAUACGACUGUGAAUGUGCAGAAGGCUUUACUGGUCUGCUUUGUGAUGAGAACAUCAAUGACUGCGAUCCACCGCCUUGUCACCACGGUGUGUGCAAGGAUGGCAUCGCCACCUUCUCCUGUGAGUGUAACCCAGGGUACACAGGCUCCAUCUGCAACAUCCAGGUCCAGGAGUGCCUCAGUAACCCGUGCCAGAAUCGAGGACGCUGCAUUGACUUGGUCGAUGCAUACCAGUGUAACUGUCCAUCAGGGACCUCUGGUGUGAACUGUGAGAUCAAUGAAGACGACUGUGCCAGCAGGCCUUGUAAGCACGGUGAGUGCCAAGAUGGCAUCAACGAGUACAAGUGUGUGUGCCUCCCUGGAUACACAGGAGAUCAAUGUGACGUCAGCAUCAAUGAGUGUAACUCAAACCCAUGCAUGAGUGGGGGAACCUGUGUGGACAUGGAUAAUGGGUUCCGGUGCUUGUGCCCACCCAACACCUAUGGCCCCUUGUGCCUUUCAGGGACGAAUCACUGCGCUUCUGGGCCUUGUGAUCGCGGAGAUUGUAUCGAGCAGCAACACGGGUACCGAUGUGAGUGUAAGCCUGGUUGGGUGGGGCAACGCUGUGACCAGGAAAAGAAUGAGUGCCAGCCAAAUCCAUGCUUAAACGGGGGCACCUGCCAGGACCAGCUAAAUGGCUAUACAUGUCAGUGCAAACCAGGAUUCAGAGGGGUCAAUUGUGAGAAGAACGUAGAUGAGUGUGCAUCCGGCCCAUGUCUGAACCACGGCAUCUGUAGAGAUGGAAUCAACAGCUACACGUGCCAGUGUAGUCCACCGUUCACAGGAAAACACUGUGAAGUGGAGCAGGUUCCCUGUGCCUCCCAUCCAUGUGAGAGGGGAGGAGUUUGCCUCCCGUCUGCCGAUUACACUUCCUAUACCUGCCGAUGUCGACAAGGCUGGCAAGGAAAGCACUGCAAUGAAGAUGUAGACGAAUGCCAAACGUUCCCUUGCCUGAACAAAGGCCACUGCAUAAACAGCCAAGGAAGCUACAAGUGUAACUGUCCACGGGGAUACAGCGGACACAACUGUCAGAUAAACGUAGACGACUGCUCGCCAAACCCCUGCCUGAAUGGAGGCACGUGUUUGGACGAAGUGGCGAGUUUCUCCUGCGACUGCCGCGCAGGUUUUGAAGGGGAGCGCUGUGAGACUGACGUGAACGAGUGCGCCAGUCAGCCCUGCAGGAAUGGAGGCGUCUGCCAUGAUUACGUGAACAGCUUUGUGUGCAAGUGCCCGGCGGGCUUCAAUGGAAUCCAGUGUGAAAACAACAUUGUUGAAUGCACCAAGAGCUCCUGCCUCAAUAACGGCACGUGCAUUGAUGACAUCAACACCUUCUCCUGCCGUUGCCGGCCGGGUUUUUACGGCACGUUCUGUGAGUUCGAGCAGAACGAAUGUGAGUCUGCGCCCUGUAGGAACGGCGGCACCUGCACAGACGGCCUGGGGACCUACCGCUGCACCUGUCCGGUGGGAUACAGCGGACAGAACUGCCAGAACUAUGUGAACCUGUGCAACCAGGUUAAAUGUAAAAACGGAGGCACCUGCUCUCAGACAGCCACGUCCUGGACCUGCCGCUGUGUGAUGGGCUGGACGGGACUUUACUGUGAUGUCCCCAACAUGUCUUGUCAGGACUAUGCUGCCAGGAUUGGUCUGGAAGUGGAAAAUGUCUGCAAGAAUGCGGGUCACUGUGUCAACGUGGGGAAUUCCCAUCAGUGCAAGUGCCAGUCAGGAUACACGGGCAGCUACUGUGAGGAGAUGGUGGACGAGUGCCAGUCAAACCCAUGUCGAAAUGGCGCCACAUGCAAGGAUUAUCAGGGCACAUACGAAUGUGUAUGUAAACCAGGUUACCAAGGAGUGAACUGUGAGUAUGACGUCGACGAAUGCCACUCUAGGCCCUGCCUCAAUGGGGGAAGGUGCAUCAACCUCAUCAACCGCUUCAUCUGCAUCUGCCCACCUGGAACACAAGGGGACCGUUGUGAAAUGAACGAGGACGACUGCGCCCCCAGUCUGGGCUCGUUGGAGCCGCGCUGCAGAAACGGAGGGCAGUGCGUCGACGGUGUCGGCCGCUACACCUGCUCCUGCCCUCCGGGGUUCGUCGGAGAGCACUGCGAGGGGGAUGUCAACGAAUGCCUGUCUGGACCCUGCCAAGCUCCUGGCAGCCUGGACUGCAUCGAGCUGGUCAAUGAUUAUAGGUGCCUGUGUCGCCUCGGAUACACAGGUCGCCAUUGUGAAUCCAUGGUGGAUCUGUGUGUGUCGAAGCCGUGUCGUAACGGGGGCACCUGCUCCAUGAACGUGAGCUCGGUGCACAGCUACACCUGCUCCUGUCCUCCUGGUUAUUCCGGAUUCAACUGUGGUGAAGUCGAGGGUUACAACUGCGCAAAACCCAGUUGCCAAAAUGGCGGCCAGUGCAUAAAGACACCAUCAGGGUACCCGUACUGCCAGUGCCAGGCGGGCUUCAGUGGGACGCUCUGUGAGAUAGAGGUGGAGUGCUCUGUCCCCUGCCAGAACGGAGGGGUCUGCGUCAAAUCCAACCCAUUUCAGCACAGCUGCCGGUGUCCCGAGAACUUCUUUGGACAGUUCUGUGAGAACAGAGUGCGUGUGGCCGGGCCUCCGACGUGCCCCUAUGCGCAGUGUGAGCAGCGCUCGGGGGACGAAGUGUGUGAUGAUCAGUGCAACAAUCAUGAAUGCCAGUGGGAUGGAGGGGACUGCUCGCUCAGCUGGCCGCAGCCGUGGGCUAACUGCACAGCCAGCGUUCCCUGCUGGGAUCUGUUUAAGAACGGACAGUGUGAUAAGGAGUGUGACAACGCCGGGUGCCUCUUCGACAGCUUUGAGUGUCUGAAUAACCAUACAAGCCCCUGCAAGUAUGACAGGUACUGCAAAGACCACUUUGGAAAUGGCUUCUGUGACCAGAGCUGCUACACUGAGGCUUGUGGCUGGGACGGACUGGACUGUUCUGAUGACGUACCGGCAGAGCUGGCAGCUGGCACGCUCGUCAUUGUGGUUCGACUGCAGCCAGACGAGCUGCUUCGAGACCUGAGUGGGUUCUUGCGCUACCUAGGAGCCCUGCUCCACACCAACGUGCGGGUGAAGCUGAACGAAAACAAGAAACCUAUGGUGUACCCGUACUACAGCGGCGAAGAGCAGCGGGGACGUGCUGCACAGCGGAGCAGGAGCAGGCGCAGCCUGGGCAGCAGAGAAGUUAUCGGCUCUGAGGUGCACCUGGACAUCGAUAACCGUGAAUGUUCCAAGAGCUCCUCCUCGACCUGCUUCUCCAACACCUCCACGGCCGCCUCCUUCAUUGCAGCAGCUCACAUCAAGGCUGACCUGCCGUACCCCCUGGUGUCUGUUAAGAGUGAACCAACCGUGGCGACGACCUCAAUAUAUCCAUACCUGAUUGGAGUUGCUGCGUGUAUCAUUCUGCUUAUUCUGGUGCUGGGGGUGCUGGCAGCCAAGAAGAAGCAUAAACAUGGCGUUCUGUGGCUGCCCGAUGGCUUCUUGGCCACUAAAAAUGACAAGAGGAGAGAGCCUGUUGGGCAGGAUGACUUUGACAUGAAGAAUUUCAAGACACCAGACGGAGGCAUGGUUGAUGGAGGUCAGAGUCAGAAAUGGCUUGAAGAUGAAGCGCCAUCCAAAAAAGCAAGAACCGAAGACAAGCCUCUGCUUCCCAUCCCAAUGGAUGGAGGCGUUGACCAUCGAGAGUGGACCCCGCAGCAUCGCAAAGCUGCCGACAUCACUCUCACCCCUCCACAGGCUGACUCGGAUGUUGACUGUCUGGAUGUUAACGUCAAAGGACCUGAUGGCUUCACCCCGCUGAUGGUGGCAUCCCUGCGUAACGGUGGGGGCCCCGACUGCAGCCUGCACGGAGACGAGGAGGACGAGAGCGGAGGGGACGAGCCUGGACCAAGCGUCAUCUCAGAUCUGAUUGGUCAGGGAGCAAAUCUGAUGGCCCAGACCGACCGCACGGGUGAAACCGCUCUCCACCUGGCCGCCCGCUACGCCCGGGCCGACGCCGCCAAGAGGCUGCUGGAUGCUGGAGCAGAUCCCAACGCCCGCGACAACAUGGGCAGGACGCCGCUCCACGCCGCGGUGGCAGCUGACGCACAGGGAGUCUUUCAGAUUCUGAUCCGUAACCGUGCCACAGAGCUGGACGCCAAGAUGAACGACGGUACGAGUCCACUGAUCCUGGCAGCCAGGCUCGCUGUGGAGGGCAUGGUGGAAGAGCUGAUCCACUGCCACGCUGACAUCAAUGCUGUGGACGACCACGGUAAAUCUGCUCUGCACUGGGCAGCUGCAGUAAAUAAUGUGGAGGCUACUCUUGUGCUUCUGAAGAACGGUGCCAAUCGUGACAUGCAAGACAAUAAGGAGGAGACCCCCUUGUUUCUUGCAGCGCGAGAAGGCAGCUUUGAGGCGGCUCAGGUUCUCCUCGACCACUACUCCAACCGUGACAUCACAGACCACCUGGACCGGCUGCCCCGGGACACCGCUCAAGAGCGCAUGCAUCACGACAUUGUCCGUCUGCUGGACCAAUACAAUUUGGUUCAUAGUCCACACAACGGGCCCAACCACAUGGGCGGAGGAGGAAACUCCUCGGUCAUGUGCGGGGCCAACGGCGCCGGCUUCAUCGGCAUGCGCCCGGGACCUCAAGGCAAGAAGAGCAGAAGGGGAGGAGCCGGGGCCAAGGCGGGAGGUGUCGGCGGAGGGCCGAAGGAGCUUAAAGACAUGAAAGCAAAGAGACGGAAGAAACCCGCUGGAGGAGAAGGUCCAGGUUUGGCUGCUGCAGGAGGAGGAGGAGGCGGUGGGGGAGGUGCAGGUGGAGGAAGCACCAAUGGCGUAAAGGCAGCAGGAGGACUUUCAGAGAGCUCUGUCACCAUGUCACCGGUCGACUCCCUGGAGUCACCUCACUCCUACGCGGGGGAGGUCUCCGUGUCGGUCUCCAACACGGCCAAUUCCCCUCCUCUCCUGAGCAGCCCCACCUCCAGAGCGAUGCUGCCCCCUGUCAGCCACAUGCUGGGACAGCAGCAAGCCUGGAUGGGCAUGCCCAAGCAUGGCUACAACAGCCACAUGUUCGGUCUCCUCCCGCACCGGAUGAGAGGAGCGCACCCCGGCAUGAGCCACGGCCAGAGCGCCAUGAUGGCCCCCAUGAACGUCACCAUGAGCAGGGAGCAGCUGCCCCCCAUCGUCACUUUCCAAAUGGUUCCCACGGGGACGGGCCAGGCCAUGCUGAAGCAGCCUCAGCCGGGACAGGUCACGCAGGCCCAGGGGCAGAACCAGAAUCUGUGUCACGCCCAGCCAGUGCCAGGACAGGUCCACUGCAGCCAGGGCAUGAUUUACCCCGACCAGAUGAUGCAAGGUCCCUCCCACACGCUGCAGCAUCCCCACACCAUCAACCACUCCGGGGGCAUGGAGGGCCAGCCUCGGCAGCUGCCCCCGUACGCACCCAUGCAAAGUCCGGUGGAUAAAUACCCGACGCCCCCCUCCCAGCACAGCUGCAACGCCGGCUCAGACGGCACCACCCCCGGGCACUCCGCCCACCCGCCCAGCGAGCACCCGUAUCUCACCCCUUCCCCCGAAUCGCCGGGCCACUGGUCCUCCUCCUCGCCUCACUCUAACUCGGACUGGUCCGACGUCACCACCAGCCCCACGCCGCUGGGGAACUCCCACCACCCGCUGCCGUCGUCACGCCACACACACAUUCCAGAGCAGGCGCAGAUGCAGCCGCCGUCGCAGCAGAUGCAGCCGCCCGCUCAGCAGCCUCAGCUGGGAAACAUGCAGGUGUUCGCAUGAAGCUGCCAGAGGUAGAGCAGAAACAGACUGACUCUUUGCCUCAACACAAAAAACACACAACCAGUGCCUUUCUCUGACCUCUUUAUUCUCUGAGAUCAUAAGUACCCUCCUCCUUUUUUACAUCCCUUCUCUUUCCAAUAAAAAAAACUGUAUAGUUUGUAUACCGUGACUCAGUACCUUCAGCUAAAAUCAUUCUCUGGAGCAGAUGCUUGGCUAUAAACCCUUUCCUCUUCUGUUUGAACCAGAUUUGCACAAUAAUAAGCCCUGCUACGACGUUCAGGUGCAUCACAAACUGGUUCUGUGAUUGCUGAGGGAUCACAAAGUCGACCAGAAGGAGCUCAGCUCCUAAUGCAUCAGCAAAAUAAGACUUUCUCUACACUGACACUCUCUAUUCUGGAAAGGUUUGAUAAAUCUGCUUGCUAGAUGCUACCUUUACGUGUUCUUCAGUGUUUUAAACCUGCCAAAACUAACUCCUGGUUGACGCCGUUUACUCUAAAUGUUUUAAUUCAACGAGUCUCAAUCAGUUACUGCUUUUUACUACUUAAACCUGCUUGUGGGUUCUUGUUUUUUAUAUUUUAUUCCUGUUUAAUGCGUUAAAGGCUAGUUUGUACAAAGGUUCUUCAACGGUGGGAAAGAAAGGAAGAAACAAGAAAAAAAACAGGAAAUUUUCAGCAUGCCGUUUUAUGGUUUCACAUUUCCAGUCUAGUUCUUUUAAAUGGGGCUUUACGAGCAAACAGCCAUGACGAAAUAUUUAUGUUUGAUCCGUUUCCAUUCUUAUCAAAUAGCGGAGGGAUUGAUGGUGUUGCUUUAAAGCCGUCUGCUUUAGUUCUGCCAGUCGUUACUGUUGUUGUCUCCAGGUUUAUUAUGCUGUACGAAGAAAUGUACAUACACUUAAACCAGCUUCUGCUUGUUUUAGUUGAGCUAAAUGUGGUGUAGCCUUCUUAAAGUGCCUGUUUUUUUAUAUAUAUAUAAAUAUCUGCACUUCCUGAAUGAUUGUGAAUGUUACAGAGGCGCAUGUUUUACCGUUACACUGCCUCUUGUCUUCCAAACAUAGAUGAGCUGAUCUGCUCGUCUACCAUCAGCGUAUGCCGGGAUUCAUAACCAAGUCUGACCGCGAGCAGUAAAAGAUGGCUUCCUGUCCGUUUGUCGAGUGUUGUUUUCACUCUGUAUUCACAGACAAUCAAACAUGUUUUAACUUGGUGCGUUUAGAAAAGGAGUGGGGAGACCAAAUUUAGCUUUGUUUGGCCAAAAAAAUGCUGACAUAUCUAUGUGUUGCUUUUAAAAGGCUUGUGUUGGGUGGGCAGGAAGAGACGCGUCGCGUACGAACUGAAGUAUUGACUCAGUGAGGACAAACGGGUCGUUAUUCCAGACCUCUUGUCUUUGUUUCUGAGCACUCAGCGUCUCUAGUUUUUACAAACCCAGGUACUGUACGAUGAGAUGUCAGUCUGCAUUUUUAGUCAUAACUAAGUGGUACAUAUGCAAGGCUGUGUUUAUGUUUUGUAUAUAAAAUGUAUUUUAUAUGUUUACCAUUAUUUUCUAUGUUAACCAAAUAGCCUAUAUUAUCCAUGCAGUAUGAAGUAGUUGUCAUCAUGUUUGUAGAAGGUAGAGUCGAGGUUGAUUGAGGAAUUCUGUUCUGAAAAAAAAAAAAAAAACAAUAAUAAACCAAAUGUGUUUACUUAAAUAAAGCCCUGAUCUUCCUAGA